CAACAAAAUAAGUCUAUUAAGUUUGAUAAAAGUUAUAGCCCCAAUGUUUUAUAAAUAAUAAAAUAAAACUAAGAUUUUAGGACACAGGAAUAAAGUCACACUAUUAAAGAAAGUACCAAAGAAGGGUGUAACAAAUUUUAAAGUGAUCAAACAUACAGAAUCUUUUCUCCACCUUUCCUGUGGCUUGGGGAUUAACUUACACCACUACACUUAAAAAUGGUUUAUAAGAAAAGAAGUAACUAUGAAAAUUGUGAAAACUGUUACAUCCACUCUGAAAAGAGAACAAGAAAGACGAAGAAGAUAAAAUCUCCGAGCAAUUCAGAUCUUUUUCCUUGUAAGUUUAGGGAAAACAACUACUCUACAGAAAUACCCAAUACAAAGCUAAGUACAUCCAGUCUGUAUGACGGUUGUGAGUCAAAGAAACGCACCAAACUGCAGACUAAACCCCUCAACAGAUCACAUCGCAGUUUGUGUUACUCCUCGUACUCUAUAAACGAUGUGUGCGGAAGAUGUGAAACACCAUUGCUACGAGGGAGAAAACCAACUUAUGACUCUUCCAACAUUGACUUAUUGAAUAUCCCUGAAAGUGACCGUCGGAUUCUUGAAAUUCUAGCAUUGAAGAAAGAACAAGAGAUUGAAAGUGAGAAAAUAGCCUACCAAUCUCAGCUGCUUUGGGAGAAAUCACAGAAUGAAAGAAUCAAGGCUGAAAAUGAGCAAAAAGAAAAAUGGCGUAAGUAUGUUCAACAAAAACAAAAAAGUGAUAGUUUGCAAAAUUUAUUUAGAAUGGAGGAUAUAAAACAAAACCUUAGAGAUUCACAAAAGAAACUGGAAGAAAGCAUACAAAAACGAGAUCAGCACGUGAAUUUUCUAAAGAAGAAAUGUGAAGAAAAGAAGCGUAAUGAAUUGAGGGAAAGACAAGUUCACGAGUCCCUGAAAAAAGCAAUUAUUGAUGUAAAUUUUAGACAAAAAGAAGAUGAAGUAGAAGAAUUUUUCCAGAGGCAUAUUGAAGAAUUGGAGGAAAAAUUGAACAGAGCCGAAUCUCAACGGCGGAGUAGGCAGGAACAAAUUCAUAGGAGAGUAGCGAGUGCCAACAGAAGUGAGGAUGUGAGACAUCAAGAGAACAUGUUGGACUUGCUGGCCGAACAGUCAUUGACACAACAUCAGAAACAACGGCAAUGUCGGGAGAGAGAGUCUAGAGCAAGAGAGAGACACAUCGAGAUCCGACAGAGGAGAGAGAGAAGCCUAAAACAAAUGAGGGCAGAACAAGAGGAAAGGGCAGCCAUUGUGAGAGAGAUGCACCGGGAAUUGGAGAGGGGACUAGAGGCUUGGCAAGAUCAGGUGAUGUUGCUACAGUGGGCAGACCAUCAGCGAGCGGAGGCAGUGGUCCAAUCACAGAAGGAUGAUCGCAAAAUGAAGGUCGAAGUGGAAAACAAAGAGAGACAAAUACUUCACCAACAACGGUUAAAAAAAGUGAGAGAAGCAGAACAGAAGAGACAGCAGAGUGUACGACAAGAAAUAACUGCUAAAGAGGAAAAGAUUAGAUCUCUUCAGAGACAAAGAGAAAGAGAGUUACUAGAAGGCAGAGCGCAGGCUCAGAUGACUGCAGAACUCAGAGAACACCUCAGACAAACACUGUCCCCGGAGACAUUUGACAGGAAGGUAGCUCGUGCAGCUCUAGAGACCCGCAUGUCCAACCGUCCGAUAUCUGUGAGUCCCUCACUGCUGUCUUCUCACAUACACCUUGGCUAGACAACAACCGCCAUCAUUAGGGAUAGAGUUCAGACCAGAGUAUAUACAGCACUUCUUCGGAGAAGAUUGAAAUGAAAUAUCAGUUUAAACUUUUCAAUUGGUGUAACCUCCAGUGUUACCAACUUUGAACACUAAAAAAAGGUCUAGUCGCAGAUAUUAUUCUAGGCUUGAUACUGUAUAUACAAACAAACCAAAAAUAAGUUUUCCAUAAUUGCACUAAUACUUAAAGAUUUGUUUUAAAAGCUACCUGAGAGGGGAGGUUGGGGUUAUUAUCUUUGAGUACCGGGGGACCGAGCCAUGUCUCGGUAUGUUUAUUUUGAUUGUAAAGCAAUAUAAAGGAAACUUCAUGAUGGUUGGACACUGGAUCGUUAAAAUUAGCACUAUAAGGUUUAUAUUACCUGGCUUCUGUCUCCGAUCCUCGGCAGUUUUAAGAAACUACAGCUGUUUCAUGCCUUACAUUGGCACAUCCUCAGGUUUGGUGAACGCCAGCUUUUCUAUAAAAUAUCCCUCGGAGAUGAGUUUGUCAUGGUUUUACGGAAAAC